AUGCCUGAAGUGUUCAUCUCUGCAGGACUUGGGACCGCCUUGUACUUUGGGCUGCUGACUCUGCACUACCUGGCCGCCCUGUUGCCAAGGCCAACGCCUGCGAAAUGGGCGAAGGAGCUCAGAGAGGGGCAGAAGACGCUUCUUUCCAGCGCAAAGAGGAUCACUGUCAGCGGUGGGAAGCCUCAGACUCCUGUGGCAAAAUCAAGCGCCCCUACAAAGCCAGCCACCCCCAAACCGACACCACCCUCCCUCGGUCCCCCAUUGAGGGCAGCAAAGCCCAUCGCAUCGCCGAUGACCCCCCAGCAGCAGAGAGGGGACUCUGGGGGAGGCCCCUACACACGAGGAUCCCCCGCUUCACACGGGAGUGGACUAGGAUACAGCACUCGGGUGGUCUCCACUCCUGAGCAGCUGCAGCGCUAUAUGGACUCAUUUGAGGCCAGCACGAGAGGGAAUGCCAGCCCAGAACCCGGCUACGGAAAUUAUGGCGGGUCGCCGUUCGGCUACGGGGCCACCGCUACGGACGCCUUGCCCCUCGGGUACGGCACCGGCACGGCCGGCGUCGCCACACCGCCCGGGACUGCUGUGCUGACCUAUCGCCCGUCGCUGCAGGCGCGGGGCAAGGCGGGGUCGCCGCACCGGGGAGACGGGCGGCUGUCGCCGUCGAGCGUGGAGACGUUGGAGGCGGUGUUGGCGCGGCUGGCGACCGGGCGGCGCACGCUGGAGGUCUGGACCGAGCAGCUGCGCUCCUGGCUCGCCUCCGAACUGCUGCAGCCCCUCGACCGCCUCGUCGCCACCGUGCAGAAGGACGUGAUAAAGGCUACUGCGGAUCUGGGCUGGACGGGGCUGCAGCUAUCAGAGCUGGAUGCCGACACCGAGGCUGCCGGCUCCGGCGCCGCGGCAAAGGCUGGCACCGGCAGCCGCGGCGGCGCGCCGGACGCGGACGAGGCGCUGCUUCUGGCGCAGCUGACGCAGCGGCUGCGGCAACAGCCAGCGCAGCCGCCUCCCGAGAUCGUCGCCUGCCUCAAGGCAGUGAACCAGUACCAGCAGCUGGCGGCGCUGCUGCGCGGCGAGCAGCCGCGCGCGCUGCUGCCGCCGACGCCGCGCGGCUACGUGGCGGCGCGGCUGCGCCAAUUGGCAGCCGGGCCGGUGGUGGCGGCCUUUGACUGGGACGGCGGCGGCUCCUGGGGCGGCAAGCCCUGGUCCCCUGAGCUGCCCACCGACUCUGCGCUCCUGCUCUAUCUCUUCGCUGCCUUCCUCACGAACAAGGACAACAAAGCGCUCAUCUUCACCGACCGCCACGUGCUGUACAUUGGCCUCAAGCGCCAGAGCGCGCCCAAGUGGGAGUUUGCGUUGGAGGAGGUGGGGCAGUCCCCCCAGCAGGCGGGCCCCCUGUUCCUGGGGGCGCUCCCCCCGCGGCCCCCGCCAGCAUUCUCAGCCAUCCUCUCAUUCCGCCCUAACGCCAACGCCCUCUCCAGGCAAACAUUCAAAUUCAAAAUCACAAUGCUUACUAGAAACCAUCGCACGCUGAUGCAUGUCAAGUAUGUUGCAUGCAUAGUGUUGGCGGAGAAGCAGCCUAUUUUGGCCAGUCCGAAUGCCAAGCUGUCAGGAGAGGGAUUCAUCGGCGACCGCAGCUUGGAUUACUUGAAGCUGUCUGCCGUGCUCAAGCCGGGGGAUCCUGUCUAUUCCAUAUUCUCUGGCCGCUGGUUUGGCCUCUGGUAGAUUUCCCCCGGACCUUGGGCGAAAAUGCAUGUUGAUGCGCUUGUGCUGUGCUCACGUGAGUAUACGCUGACAUUUCAAUGGGACGUAUCCUUUUUCAGUGUCAUCACGAGUGCAAAUCAGGUAUUAUAAAGUGCACCUGCCAUGCAGACAACACCUGUGGUCGAGGGAAAGGUGCAUCGUGUGCUUGAGAGGUGAGUGGCUUUGAUCGUGCAAUGUUCCAGAGGCUGCUGCAUGUACGUUUUAAAGGUUGUGACGUCAUCGACGACAGAUGUGAUGGGCAGGCCAUUUCGGGACUUGAAAGGAUCUGGCACGGGCAUGCGCAGAUGUGUUCGUGCGAAUUUUUGUUACAGAAUGCUGCAAGGC